AUGAAUGAUGUUUCAAAAAUAUUUCCAGGAUUUUAUAUUGGCUCACUGCCAGCUGUAAAUAGAGGUAACUUGGAUAAACAUCAAAUUACACACAUUCUCAGUAUCUUAAAUGAAUUUAGACCAAAAUGGACCAAUAUGUAUAGCUAUCUACAUAUCGAUAUUUACGAUUCCCCAUCUGUAGACAUCAAGAAAUAUUUUGAAAAGACUUUUCAAUUUAUUGAAGAAGGUAGAAGAGAAGGUGCUGUUUUGGUACACUGUUUUGCUGGUAUUUCAAGAUCAGCCACAAUUUGUAUUGCAUAUUGUAUGAGAAAAUUAAGAAUUUCAUUUGAAGAUGCCCAUGGUUUAUUAUUUGAUGCAAGACCAAUUAUUUUCCCAAAUGAAUCAUUCGUUAAACAAUUAAAAAAAUAUGAGGCUGAGUUAAAAGAAGGUAUCAUUGUUCCAAUUAGCACAAAUCUUAGAUUCAAAUUAUAUUCACCCAAAUAUGAUUCAGAUGAUGAUGAAUCAGAGGAGGAUGAAGAUGAUGGCUAUGAUACAGAAGAAGAAUAUGAGGAUGAAGAAGAUGAAGAAUCAGAAGAAGAAGAAGAAGAAGAAGAAGAGUAUGAUAAUGUUGUUAAAAAAGAUAAAAAAGUUAAUCAAAAGGCUACCGUUGAACAAACCACUGCUAGUAUUUCUAAUAUUUCAAUUUCAUCAUCAUCAUCAUCGCCAAGUAGUGAAAAUAAUGACAUUAAUAACAAUAGUGACAAUAUAAAUAAUACUCAAGAAGAAACAGAGGAGGAAUCAAAUAAUAACAAAGCAACUUUGGGUGUAUAUAGAUAUUGUUGUAGAAAGUGCUCAACUGAAUUAUUUUUAGACUAUGAUAUUUUGGACCAUGAACAGGGUGAAGGUCAAUCAUCAUUCAAAUUCCAUAGAAGAGAUUUAAAUCUUUCAGAAAAUAAAGAAGCAGCAGCCAAAAAAGUAGUUUGUACAUCAUUUUUUAUUAGUGAAAUAGAAUUUGUUUUAAACCAAACCGGAGAAGGUAUGAGUGGUAAACUCAAUUGUCUAAACUGUAAAGAAAAACUUGGCUCUUGGUCAUGGAGUGGAGAACAAUGUUCUUGUGGACAAUGGAUUGCACCAUCAUUCCAAAUACCUAAACAAAGAAUUGAUGAAAAGAGAAUAACCAAAAAAAAUUAA